GAAGUCGGUAUCCUCUGAAUUAGUGUAGCGAUCUAUUUUACUCUGUCCUCUACUGCAGUGAAUUUGUUUGGGUUUUUGAGGAACUACCGAACUAGGGUUUCAGUUUUGCGAUCCCAAUUAAAAAAAAAAAAAAUUGGGUGAGCUUGCCGAUAGAAACCAAUUUUACGGCCGAGUUUUGCCGGAGAUUCAGUCGAUUAUAAACCUCGAUCAAGAGAAAAGGAAGAUGUGGAAGCAAGAGCUCGACGAUGAGCUGGAGAAUUUCAGAAGCAAUCUUGGAAUUGUGCCUAAGAAAAUCAAAGAUGAUGUCGUAGGUGGGCCGAAAACGGUCCCGGCGCCUACCGACGAUCAGCGUAGGAGAUGGAAGGAGGAGCUUGACGAAGAGCUCGGAAUGCUACGACUAAAUCCGCGUAGCGGGAACACCAGAAAAUACUCCACCGGCUCGCCGCCGCCAACCGUUGAAAGAAGGUUAUCCGAACAACAGAGAAGGUGGAAACAGGAGCUUGAGGUAGAGAUGAGAAGACAACGGAAAGAUUAUUAGAAGAAAUUCUAUAAUCA